GCUUACGUGUAACCGGGGGCGUGGUCGAGCGACGUGCGUCAAAGCGCUCGCACGCCGUUCGUGGUGCUUGACAGCAAAAUGGCGGCGGCUGCAUACAACGCGACUGCGGAGCCGGAGAUGGACUCGCUCAGCGACGAAGAGCUGGAAAGGGAAGCUGAAGGUUGCAAAGAGCAGGGAAAUGCUUAUUAUGUUAAAAAGGACUACGCUGAAGCGUUCAACUACUACACCAAGGCUAUUGAUUUGUGCCCAAAGAAUGCCAGUUACUAUGGCAACCGCGCAGCUACACUGAUGAUGCUAAGCCGCUACAGGGAAGCUCUGGAGGACUCCCAGCAAGCUGUGCGACUAGACGACACCUUCAUGAAGGGUCACUUACGGGAGGGCAAGUGCCACCUGUUACUCGGUAAUGCAAUGGCUGCCAGUCGAUGCUUCCAGAAGGUUCUGGAGCUGGAAUCUGACAACAGUCAAGCGCAGCAAGAGCUAAAGAAUGCAGAGUCAAUUUUGGAAUACGAGCGCAUGGCUGAGAUCGGAUUCGACAAACGAGACUUCAGGAUGGUGGUGUUCUGUAUGGAUCGAGCGCUGGAGUCGGCCUCUGCGUGUCACAGAUUUAAGGUGCUGAAGGCGGAAUGCCUGGCGCUGCUCGGCCGCUACCCAGAAGCUCAGUCUGUUGCCAGUGAUAUCUUACGGAUGGACUCUACUAACGGCGAUGCCCUGUAUGUAAGGGGUUUGUGUUUAUAUUAUGAAGACUGUAUCGACAAGGCCGUGCAGUUCUUCGUUCAGGCACUGCGCAUGGCACCGGAUCAUGAGAAGGCUCGUCUGGCCUGCAGAAAUGCCAAAGCCCUGAAGGCGAAGAAAGAAGAAGGAAACCAGGCGUUCAAAGAGGGCAAUUUUGAGGAUGCUUAUAAUCUCUACUCAGAGGCCCUGACCAUCGAUCCGAACAACAUCAAAACCAAUGCCAAGCUUUACUGCAACCGAGCCACCGUUGGCUCCAAGUUAAAGAAACUGGAGCAGGCCAUAGAAGACUGCACAAAAGCCAUUAAACUGGAUGAAUCCUAUAUUAAAGCAUACUUACGAAGAGCCCAAUGUUAUAUGGACACAGAGCAGUACGAAGAAGCUGUGAGGGACUACGAAAAGGUCUAUCAGACAGAGAAAACUAAAGAACAUAAGACUUUAUUGAAGAACGCUCAGCUGGAGCUGAAGAAGAGUAAACGGAAAGAUUACUAUAAAGUUCUAGGAGUGGAUAAAAAUGCUACAGAAGACGAGAUCAAGAAAGCUUAUCGCAAACGAGCCCUUAUGCACCAUCCAGAUCGACACAGUGGUGCGAGUGCAGAGAUACAGAAAGAGGAGGAAAAGAAAUUUAAAGAAGUGGGUGAGGCCUUCACUGUGCUCUCGGAUCCCAAAAAGAAAUCUCGUUACGAUAGCGGCCACGAUCUGGAGGAUGACGACAUGAACAUGGAUUUCGAUGCCAAUAAUAUAUUCAAAGCAUUCUUUGGUGGCCCUAGUGGUUUCAGUUUUGAAGCAUCUGGACCUGGAAAUUUCUUUUUCCAGUUUGGCUAAUUGUCCAUUCUCCCGCAUGUAUGCAGCAGCCCCAUACGGCCUCCAGAAUCAACUCCAACACAGACUCUCACCAGUCUCUCUCUCUCUCUCACACACACACACACACACACACACACACACACACACACACACACCUCUGUACAACAGCGUGUUGUACUGCAGUGUGCCAGGUCUAGGACCCGCAUAUGGUCAUUCUACAAAAUGGUUUUAAACACCGUGACAAGUCCAGCAGUCCUUUCGGACUACACUUUUGACUGCAAUUGUUUUUCCCUCCUGGGUGGCAUCAUGAACAGCUGCACAUAUGUUUCAACAUUGUUUUUCUUUCUUUAAAUUAAAAAUAAUCCUAGUUAAUUAACCACUCUGGCGUAAUGGCUUUCCCCGGUUUUGUUUGGUCGUGGAAUCAAGAUUGGGUUCUCCCAAUGUAGAAGGUGCUACAUUUUGACUGAAAUCAUCAUUUGCAGCUUUCGUUGUACCAAUCCAGGAUCUGUUUUUGCUCAACACUUUGCUGAUUUCAGUGCCAGUUAUUGUCAAGGUUUGUGCUUUUGACCUUGUGAUGCCGGUAGGAAGGGAUGUAUUAUACGUACCUCAUCUCCAAAUGUACAAAAAUGUUCCCAGUCAUUGCAGUUCGCUCUUUUUUUUUUUUAUUCUCAUUUGCUGAUCCAUUCUAUGCCAAAUUUUAAUGCUAAUCGAGUUACGCAUUCUGCGACUAGGAUUAAGUCCCAGCUUGUUGAACCACUGCAUACACAAGUGUGGAGAUUAUGAUUAAAAAUCUGGUGUUCCAGUUCCCUCUGGUGGUUCCCUCCAAACAUACAAGCGCUACAAAUUCACCAUCGCCAUUCAACCAUUGCUGCAUUGUACAUUUUAAUGGAAUGUAAAGUGUUUCUCUUCGUGUUGAUAGUUGAUGACUGUUUAAUUUUUUUAACUAUAAAAUGUAUUCUGGGUUUUUUUUUUUUUUUGAUAAUCAAUAUUUAUUGUAAAUUCUCAAGCCAGGCAUGAGCCUUUUGAGAUGUUUUGUGAAUGUUCAUUAGCUACGCUACACGAGGAUCUUAGACGGUGAUCUUUGAGGCACUAACUGAAUUUGCUGAGCCUGAUUGGAGAGCACAGCUGUUUGUUUAUCUGUGUAGAGUUGCUGGAGGACCUGAGUGUAAAUCCCUACACUGCUACUAAGAUGUUCUAGGAUGGGUUUUUCAUUUCUUGUUUUGGAGAACCAAGUUCCAGCCCAGGUUCCUCUGCUUUGUACACAUGGUUCAAUGUACACCCCGUUUAUACAUGUUUAACAGCAAGGUGGACAGUGACCAAACUGUGCUAGGCUUUGGAUUUAAAGAACCCAGUUCUAAGCUCACUGGUUGGGAUGUUGUCUGUAUGGAUUUUGGAAACUGGAACUCUGGAUGUUUAAAUGUCUACCCUGCAUGCAUGCUUACUUGAAUUUUAUUCCACGAUUAAGUAGCUAUACAAGGCAGAUUCCUGGGUGUAAAAAAAAAAAACGGCUUUUGUUCUCCAACAACUUGAAUUACACGUUAAAAUGACUCAUGUUGCCUGUGCUAAGAUCCUCAUGGUGCAGUCAGAAGAGAAACAUUCACAUUGCUCUGGCUAAUGCUAAAGGAACAGUCUUGACUAUGGACCGUUUUUAAGACAAAAAAAGAAAUAACCAUGUAAAUAAACUUAGCCUGUUUUCUGUUUCUCCCCAUG